CAAUAUACAACCAUGUCAUUGUCUUUCAACCACCAUUUCACAUGUAAAUGCUGCAACUUUGGUUCUUUGUGAGCAUUACCCGGAACAUCAUUUGAUUAUUAAUGUAUUGUUGUUACUUGACAACUUAGCUAGCUCUUUAGUGCUCCAAAGAAGUGAGAAACCAAUUUCUCAAAUUUUGGUUACCACUUUGAGUGUAUAGUUCAAACUUGUAAUAAUGGGAAAUAGUUUAGGUGGGAAAAAGACCACAAAGGUGAUGAAAAUUGAUGGUGAAACAUUCAAACUAAAGACGCCCGUAAAAGUCGGUGAAGUGCUUAAGGAUCACCCGGGUCUUGUCUUGUUAGAAUCCGAGGAAGUGAAGCAUUAUGGAGUAAGAGCAAAGCCGAUGGAGUUACACAAGGAAUUGAAGGCGAAACGACUCUAUUUUCUUGUGGAACUUCCAAAGGAAAGUAGGGUUACGAGAAGGGUCCGUUCAGUGAUUAAUAUGAGUGCUAAAGACAGACUUGAGAAUCUGUCUUUAGCUCGGAGGUCAGCUUCUGACCUAACGAUUAUAAAAUCGACUAGUGAUUUCGAGGUGGGAAAAGAAGAGUUGGCGAAUGGCGGGGUGAGGUUGAAAAUGAGACUUCCAAAGGCGGAGGUUGAGAAGUUGAUGCAAAGUAGUAAAGAUGAAGGUGAGGCUGCUGAGAAGAUUAUGAGUCUUUGUAUGGCUAAUGGUAGCAAUGAUAAGAAACAAAAGAAGGAAAUGGUUUGGAAAGGAAGUACUAGUAGAGGUGCUGGUGAAUUCAAAAAGGCUUAUGAGAAAAGGGUGAGUUUUAAGCCAAUUAAUGAAGGAAGUUGUUCAAUAUCCGUGGCUUCCUAACCUUGAAGCUAAACUUGGAACUCUCACUGUUGCUGUUAGGGCUAGUUAUUAUCUCCCAAAAUGAAUGAAACUUCUAAUGUUUUUUUUUUUCACGCUUAGUUUAAUGUUGAAUUGCAUGUACUGUGGCAUCAAUAAUAAAAACAUUAGUGUUUGCAA